AUGGCUUUUCUGGUGGGCAUGGCUGCACUGAAUCAAAUGGGGGAUCGUGACCUGAAAGAGUUGGGGUUACCAAUGUUUAUAGGUCUUGGCACACAUGCUGAGUUUUCUAUGUACGUUUAUACACCUGCUUCUGCUGGGGGGAAAUUUUAUCCACAUACAGUGCCACGCUUGGUCUUACUCCCAUUAUCACUCUAUGCCUGUAGUUUUGUAUCAGAUGCGGACCAAGGAAGAAGAUUCUCCUCGCCAUCUUGUCCCUGUCUAAACGGAAACCAUGAUAACUACAUGCUACAUGAGUGUGGUUCUGGGCGAUCAGUUAUUCCCAUCAAGGCUGGUUUUGUAGCUCACUUUGGCCGUCGGAAGGCUGGAACUUGA